UUCUACUUAUUGCUUCGGGAAAAGGGGAUGUAAGCAGCCAAUACAACGAAGUUUGAAUGUAGAAAUAGGACUUUGACAAGAAGAAUAGCCACAAAAGUGAAGCUUCAUAAGCAACACAUCCGUCAAGGCUGUUGUAUACAUGUGCAAUGCAAAACAGAGGAAAAUCGGAUUAAAACUCUUUUUUUUUUUAAAUUAAUCAAAUAUACUUAUCCUCGAGGACAUCUACAGCUGCAUAGGAACACUGAAUUUUCAGGUGCGUGAACUAGAUAAACAUAGGAUAGAAGCUGAAUGCAUUGUCACGUUGAAUCGUUGUGUGAACUGAAUGUGUAAUAAUAUCCGUGUACAUAGCACACAAACAAAAAGGGAAAUAACUUGACCAGGGUAAUUCACUCACCCGAGAGAAAAAUAUCUUGGUCAUAUUUAUUUAUUUCCUUAUUUACAUGUUUAUCCACUACAAACUGAUAUCGUGAAAUAUUUGUAAUACCUUAAAAUUAGCUUUAAAAACGAAAUACAAUAACAUAUAUAUAUAUAUCAAACCUUAACAUAGCAGUGCAGUAAUUAGUCUAACCCUGAAUAAGACUGGUUCCCCUACGGAAUACUACCCUACUCAAAUAAUGCAAUGCUUACCUGCAAUCUCAAAAAAAGUACGUUUGUACGAAUCCAAGUUGGCUGGGAAAUUGAUAAAGCGCGCAGCCAUGGAUGCUAACAAACGGCAUAUCAUCCGAGCAGCUCUCCCUGUCGCUGACUUUGAAAUCCCAAGAGACUCUCCGACAAUGUUGUAAAACGAGCCAGUGGCGAGAAAUCUCAGGGCGGCGAGGACUUGUAGCAAAGGGGGUAGGGAACAAUUUCGAUGGGUCUGUCUCUGUAAAUCAUCAAAUACUAAGCCAACAAUCCACAGAAUUGUAUCUGGACGAAACCGGAACCGAAUGAAAACUUCAUCACCUUCCAAAUCCUCUAGGGGAUUGGAUCUAUCUUGAAAAAUCCGGGGCCGGGGCGCUCUUCUUCUCCCACGGAUGAUGUUAUACGGAUUCAAUCGGGCAGCUGCGGAAGCCAUAUUGAAAGUGAGAAGAAAAAAAACGGAGUUGAGACACCUUUCCAGCGAUCUAACUUUCUGAGCUCAUAAGUGAGAUCAAACUAGAAAUAUGAGAUUGAGACUGAGACGAGAAUUUUUUAUGGCACACCAAACUUGAGACUGAGACCGAAAUCUGAGACGGUCUCAGAUUUUGGUCUCAAAAGUGAGCUAGCUAAGUUUUAUGGCCCCGGAGCCAGAACUUCAAUGCCAAACUUAAUACAUGACCAGAUUGAGAAUUACUUCCUGUAUAGAAUGGCAGAAGACAAACAGAUGUCAUCAGACAUUAAAGCAAUGGAAAAGGGCAAAGACCUUCUGUCAGGAGGAAGAAUAUUUGCUUGUAGCAUACUGUCAGAAGAUACACAUAUUUAUUUAGCAGGAAUAGUUGGUGCAGCAAUGAAACAAAAGGUAUCCUACAAUUUUAAAAUUGGACUGGAUAAAGUUAAUGGAGAUCCUCUGAAUUCCCAUUGUGAGUGUCCUGCAGGCAAGGAACCUCAUGACACAUGUAAGCAUGUUGCUGCAGGUUUACUGAUGAUUGAGGAUUUUAUUGGAAAGGGCAUGCUAGCCAUCAGAAAAGGGUGUACAGACAACCUUCAGAGCUUCCAUGUGCCAAAGAAAAUGUAUGAAGGUAAACCAUUAGCUGCUGAGAAAAUCCCAUGGAAGAGAAAGAACACUGAUGAAAUGCUGGAGGAUCCUAGAAAGGAAAAAUAUUUGAAAUAUACUUCAGGAUAUUCCAGUUCUGUGUACAACUGUAUGGUGAACUACUGUUCCAUGUCUUCUAUGAAUAUUAUAAUGAGAUACUCAACUCCUUCCACUAGUCUUCAGGUUGCUAGCAGAGAUCAUGAUUACCUGCAGCUACCCUUUACAGAGCAUCUUGUUGACAAAGUUGUUGCUGUACACAUUUCUGAGUCAUCAACUGUUCCUGAUCACUGUCGAGAGUUUGCCCUUAGUGACGAACCAGGACCGUUUGGCAGGAAAUGUGAACACAAACAUGAUAUGGUGUGCAUUAACUGUGAACAAAUUCAUGAAUUACUUUCAUCUAUCAGCAGCCUAAUUUCAGAAAGUAACUUGAAAGAAAAAGAGGAGAACAGAGAUGAUUACGAAUAUAAGCUAGCUCAAGCAAAGUGUAACAUCUCUAACUGGAAGACACACAUUGUAAGAACUAACCAUCAAGAGAAGGCCAAGUCUGAUAUCAUGGCUAACAUGGGGCCCAAUGAAGUUAUUUUAGUUCUUGAUUGGGCGAUGAAAUAUCUUCCUAGGAGAUACAGAGAAGACCAGAGCAAUUGGUUUGCCAAAAGAGGUCUGUCGUGGCACAUAGGGGUUGCUUUUAGAAGAAGGGAAACUAUAGAAAGUUUGGCUUUUAUUCACAUCUUCUGUGGUCAAAUUUCUCAAGACUCCAAUGCAACUAGGUCUGUUAUUCUUGAUAUAGUUGAAGAAAUCAUAGUGUCAGCAAAGUCCAUUUAUGGUCUGACAGUGCAGGAUGCUACAAAAGUUCUGAAACAAUCACUGCUUUAUUCAGGAGUAGAGCCAUAGACACCUAUGACUUCUGUGAAGCCCAGAGCGGAAAAGGGGCAUGUGACAGAACGGCUGCAAUGCCAUAUGACAUAUUUACUUUACUUAUCCUACAUUUCUAUGCCCCAUUCAAAGCAAGGUGCUAAAGGUAACACAUAUGUAAAAGAAAGAAAUGACAAAAUCAGCAAAAGAAUAGAAAUAAUCUAUACAGAAAAAGUAUGUACAUACUUUCUCUGAAAAUUAAGUGAUCCAUAUGGGAGCCGCCAUUGUUUGGUUUUGUUUGGGUUUUUUUGUUGGGUUUUUUUUCUGUUCAUUAGAUGCUUCAAAUUCAUAUGGCAGCUGCUUCCUGACAUAGUGCAGAUUCAAGUUUAGAAAAAUCAUGGCUCCGGGGAGUAGGUUGGGGCCACAAUAGGGGAUCAAAAUGUUAUAUGUGAAUAUAUAGGGAAAAUAUUUAAAUAUGUCCCAAGUUGACUCAGGUGAGUGAUGUGGCCCAUGGGCCUCUUGUUUUCAUAUUGCAUUACAAAUAUCAUAUUGGGCAGGACAUUCAUGUCCUAUGGACAUAUUUCUAGUUACAUCUUACAUGCCCUUUGAUGUUUUCAGAGGUUUUGUAUAAAAUAUCUUAUACUGUUUUUAUUGAUUGUAUAUUGUUGAUCAUCCCUCGCAAGAAUAUUUCACUCAUAACAAAUUUAAAGAUCUAGCACACCCAUGUAAAUGCUUGAGAUUCUAAGCAGUUUUCUCCAUGUUCAAGCAUGUUUGUUGUUUUACAGGCAAAUUCAUUCCUUAUUGUACAGAAGAAACAGUUGUGCCACCCUCACUUGAAGUGUUCGAAAAAGCAAGAGAUACUAUAG